UAGACGGUCAUCAGAUACAAAUAAUAGAACACCUAAAAACAUUUUCCAAACACCUCACCAUUUUUUUCUUCAUUCAACUAACAUGGCAUUCCAAACAUUUUCCAGCAAUCAUGCUGACCCGAUCUGCAUCCCCGAUUGGCAAGACGAAGAAGAUCUCCAGUUGCCCGAGAAUCUUCUACAAGAUGUACACGAUAUCUUGGAAAACUUCCCACCGGAAACUUCAACCGGCGGCUCAAGUUCAACAACCCACGACAGUCCUCCGUCUGCAGUAAACGAUUCAGACGAUGUUGUUUUGGGAACCAAAGUGCAGCCGCCGGAGUGUAAUAAAACUUCAAAGAAACAGAAAACAUCAUCUGGUUGUGGAAAAAAGGCGCCUGCAGAUUGGACAAGGUACAGAGGAAUUCGCAGGCGGCCGUGGGGGAAGUUUGCAGCUGAGGUUACUAACCCGAUGAAGAAACGAACGAGGAUGUGGCUUGGAACGUUUGAUACGCCGGAGGAAGCUGCGUUUGCGUAUGAUAAAGCUGCCUUUGAGCUUCAUGGCUCACGAGCCAAGCUGAACUUCCCUUUAUUGAUCUGUUCUGAUGAUCGGAAUCCUACAGUGGCUUCUAAGCUGUCACAAUCUCAAGAGCCUUCCUCUUCCACGUCAGCUAGAAUAACACAUCGGAAAAAACAAAAGAAAAAUGAGUCUGAUCAGCCAGAGCCGCCAUCAAUUACCACCAGUGCCACUGAGGAGGAGGCUGGAAGCGAGUGUGACUCGUUGUGGAAUUUUCAAUCGGAUAUAAUUAUUUCCGAUGGCUUUAUGCCCGCCGGUGAGGUAGAGGUUGCUGCGGCGGAGGUGGUUGAUUUGGACUUGGACUUGAAUUGGGAGCUCAAUAUCGAUACAUCUAUUUUUGAGCAAAUUUUAGAUGAAGACAUGGAGCAGCCACCGUCAACCACUAGUGUAGAGGUGGCUGACGACUUAGAAUGGGAUGUUUUGCUGGAAAAUAUGGUUGAGCCACCAAUGACUAUUGGUGAACCAGUGGAGGUCACCUGCGAUUCACCUUCGGAAAUCCGUAUUGACACAUCUAUAUUUGAGAGCAUUUUUGGGGACAACAUGGCGGAUCAGCCAAGUAUCCCGACGGAGGGCGGAAGUGAGCUUUACUCACUGUGGAAUUGCCAAAUGGACAUCGUAACACCGCCGUCAUCCAGCUACGCCACCGCUGUCACAACAGAGGAAGUUGUUUGGUGAUGGAUUUCUAAAUUAGAUAAAUGAGAGUUUUAAUCUUUUUUUUUUUUUUUUUGCUUUCUAGUUAUGGUGAUCAAAUAACUGUACCAUUAAAAAUGAGACUGGUUUCGAAACACGUAUAUGGUUUCAUUCC